AUGAAUCAGAUAAAUCUAUGUAUUUUGAUAUCAGGUGUUUCAAGUAUUUGUAAAAGAAAUCUACACGAGUUGAGAAAACAUCCUAGUAGUGGGCAAUCGGGUAAAUCAUCUAGUAAAAAACAUAUUAGUGAACAAGAUCUUCAUUCUAAAUCAGAUAGACACCUAAAUAUUCAGCUUUUAAAAACAGAUGAAGAAUUAAAAAAUGUAGAAAAAGAAUUAAAAAGAUUAAAGGAAUCACUAGCUAGAAAUCAGACUAGAGAUCAUGGAGCUGCUAUCAAGAUUCAAGCUAAAAUUACCUCCCUUGAAGAUUAUAAACGUAAACUAGAGUCAUCAGAACAGACCCUCUCUAGACACAGACAACGUAGAACAGACCACAAAAAACUGACUAUAUUUUAA